CAUCACUUCCUCUCCACCUGUUCCCUUUUCUCCUUCUUCCCUAUCCCUUGCCCUCCUCUUGUCCAGAUCUCCUUCCCGUCCCUGAUCUAAUGGCUUCUCUCCCGGUGCUUUCUUCCCUGAAGCCACCUCUUCCUCUUCCUCGCAUGCACUAAGUCCUGCUCUCUUCUGUUUGCUCUCUUCCUGACGUAGAAAACAAAGGAGGAGGAGAGAGAGAGAGAGAAGAGAGAGCGUCCAUGUCCUAUGACUAGAUCUCAGUGAUAUUGGCUACUCACAUUCCAUCUAUCCCUUGGUUGUCACGUUUCUUGAUGUUAAAAAGCCAUUUCUCUCUGCUCUCUCUCCUAUUUUUUUUCUGAAACUUGUGACUUUGGAGACCCAAGUUGAGUCCAAUCCGCAGUCUGCUAGUAAGACACCUUUUUAUCAUCUUCAUCGAGAUUGAGAGACAUAUAUACACAAAGGGAGAGAGAAAGAGAAGUGGAGGGGGGGAAGAAUUAGGGUUUGAAUGAGUGAAAUAUGCCUGUGGGGCUCAUGAUACCAGCAAGGCAACCACCAUCCAUGAUCGGGAGGAACACCGGCACCGGUUAUGGCUCGUCGUCGGUGUUGUCGCUCAGCCAGCCAAACUUGUUAGAAGGGCAGCAAAUCCCACUCCAGCACCAACAUCAUAACCAGUUUGUGGAGAUCGCACAGGCCACCACCGCAGAGAGCGAGAUGGCAAGGGCUCGAGAGGACGACUUCGAGAGCAAGUCAUGCAGCGAGAACAUCGAGGGCGCUUCCGGCGAUGAUCAGGACCAAAACCAGCGCCCUAGGAAGAAACGCUACCAUCGCCACACACAGCAUCAAAUCCAAGAAAUGGAGGCUUUCUUCAAGGAAUGCCCUCACCCGGAUGACAAGCAGAGAAAUGAGCUGAGCCGACAGCUUGGGCUGGAACCUCUCCAAGUCAAGUUUUGGUUCCAGAACAAGCGCACCCAAAUGAAGAAUCAACACGAGCGGCAGGAGAACUCUCAGCUACGAGCCGAUAACGAGAAGCUUCGUGCCGACAACUUAAGGUACAAGGAGGCCCUCAGCAAUGCUUCAUGCCCAAACUGUGGCGGGCCUGCUGCUCUCGGAGAAAUGUCCUUCGACGAACACAACCUCAGGAUCGAAAAUGUUCGGCUGAGAGAAGAAAUCGAUAGGAUAUCAGGGAUAGCAGCUAAAUACGUGGGUAAGCCAGUGGCGUCGUACCCGCUCCUUUCUCCCGCCAUCCCUUCACGUUCACCAUUGGACCUCGGCGUCGGAGGUUUGGGGGUGCAACAGGGGAUUGGGAGUGAGAUGUUCGGAGCCGGGGAGUUACUGAGGAGCGUGUCAGGGCUGCCGGAGAUCGAGAAGCCCGUGGUCAUCGAGCUCGCCGUGGCCGCCAUGGAGGAGCUCAUCAGGAUGGCGCAGCUCAGUGAGCCACUCUGGAUUCCGGGUCUCGAUGGCGCAGCCGAGACUCUCAACGAAGACGAGUACGUCAGAACGUUCCCCAGAGGGAUUGGGCCGAAACUUCUGGGGCUGAAGUCCGAGGCGUCGCGCGAGACUGCGGUGGUGAUCAUGAACCAGAUGCAUGUUGUCGAGAUACUCAUGGACGUGAAUCAAUGGGCAAAUGUGUUCUCGGGCAUUGUGUCGAGAGCAUUAACACUCGAAGUAUUAUCGACUGGAGUGGCUGGCAAUUACAAUGGAGCUCUGCAAGUGAUGUCAGCAGAAUUCCAAGUGCCAUCUCCGCUUGUUCCAACUCGGGAGAGCUUGUUCGUCAGGUACUGCAAGCAGCACGCGGAUGGAACUUGGGCGGUGGUUGAUGUUUCCUUGGACAGCUUGCGCCCCAGCCCAGUCCUGCGAUGCCGAAGAAGGCCAUCCGGCUGCCUGAUUCAAGAAAUGCCCAAUGGCUACUCAAAGGUUACUUGGGUGGAACAUGUCGAAGUGGACGAUAGGUCUGUGCAUAAUAUCUACAGGCCCUUGGUGAACUCAGGUCUGGCAUUUGGUGCAAAGAGGUGGGUCAGUACCUUGGAUAGGCAAUGUGAGCGCCUAGCGAGUGUGAUGGCUAGCAACAUACCCUCUGGAGACAUCGGCGUGAUCACUACUCCGGAAGGCAGGAAAAGCAUGUUGAAGCUAGCUGAGAGAAUGGUGAUAAGCUUCUGUGGCGGUGUCGGUGGCUCAGCUUCACAUCAAUGGACUACACUGUCCGGUAGCGGUGCAGAGGAUGUGAGGGUUAUGACGAGAAAGAGCGUAGACGAUCCUGGAAGGCCUCCUGGUAUUGUUCUUAAUGCGGCCACAUCCUUCUGGCUUCCCGUCCCACCGAAGAGGGUGUUCGACUUCCUACGUGAUGAAAGCUCUCGCAGCGAGUGGGAUAUCCUCUCAAAUGGUGGUGGUGUUCAAGAAAUGGCUCACAUCGCUAAUGGCCGAGACCAUGGAAACUGUGUUUCCCUGCUACGCGUCAAUAGCACGAACUCAAGCCAGAGCAACAUGCUGAUACUGCAAGAGAGCUGCACAGACUCAACGGGCUCCUACGUGAUCUACGCCCCGGUGGAUGUCAUCGCCAUGAACGUGGUGCUUAACGGUGGCGAUCCUGACUACGUCGCGCUCCUGCCGUCAGGUUUCGCCAUCCUCCCGGACGGGCCAUGUGGAGGACAAGGCGGCGAAAUGGUGGACGGCGUCGGAUCAGGCGGCUCCCUCUUGACUGUAGCAUUUCAGAUCCUGGUCGACUCGGCUCCGACGGCCAAGCUGUCUCUUGGAUCAGUCGCAACAGUCAACAGCCUCAUCGCAUGCACUGUUGAACGGAUCAAGGCUUCAGCUGGAGGCGAAAGUGCCCACUGAGCCUGAAGAAUACACAAGAUAUGCAAGAAAGGGUGGAGUUUGGAGCAUCAAUUGUGGGAAGUCAAGAACGCACCUCAGACUUACCCUGCAGCGUAGUGUUGGUUUGGCGGCCUGGGAGCAAUAACCCGUAGGCACUCUCCACCACCACCAUGCGAGGAAAGGUUGGUUCGGGCAUUGACUUCCCCUCGUUUCAGGACUACCACCUCUAGGAUUUUGCUGGAAUUUUACCCCUUUCUCUCUCUCUCUCUCUCUUUCUCUCUCUCUCCAUGGAACAAGCAUAUACUCUCUCAUUUCCCACCAUUUUAUCUUGUGUUUUGUGUUGUUCUUGUGGUGCUGGUUGUAAGAUUCUGUGCUACGCCACCCUUUUAAGAUGAAGAGCUUAAGUUGAUUUGCUUUCA